AUGGUCGGAACAAUGCAGUCUGCUCGUGACAAGGAAAGCGACCGUCACCAGUCAUCGCGUUUAUCGAUUACAGCUUGUUUUCGCUGUCGCGAACAAAAGUUAAAAUGCGGCCGUGAAAACCCCGUGUGUGGCCGAUGCCACCGACUCAGCGCCAAUUGUGCGUAUCCUGCUCCUCCGGAUCGCCGGGGCCCCCGCGGCAAACGCAAGCAGAGACUUCUACGUGGGGGGGCCGACGGCAUUCGUGAUGGUGUCGGCGCGAGCCAGCUUCCCGAUGUUGGCUCCGGAUCGCCAGAGACGCUAGCUUCUGAAGAGCAAGCAUCGAAUCAACGUCCUACCCCGCGAGCCUCAACCCCCCGGAUUCGCAGUUCGAGGCAAGACACCGUGGAACAGGCGAAUACUCCGAGCUACGAUGCGGUGGGCUGUACACCCACUAGUCUGGUAACAGAAUAUCCCGUGCUUUCGAAUUCUUAUCAGAAUCAGCUGCGCACGUCAACGUCACUCGCAAGCGGGUCUACGCUCGAGUCCAGCCAGCCGCCACCAUUGCCGCCAACUUCGCUAGGCCUCGCUUUGCUUGAGAUAUACUUUGCGCGCAUGUACAACGCUUCCAUUUUGUUUCACAAGCCUCUACUCUUUCAGCAGUACAUCGAGGGCAAAGUUCAUCGCGCUCUGCUCCGGACCUUGUUUGCGCUGGCCACUCUGUUCAUUCAACCAAAGAACUGCGAGAGCAGAUCUUCAGCAAAUUCAAAUGAAGAACUCAAGAUUCUUAGUGUGUAUCAAUCAUCCGGACUCCCGUGGGCCAAAGCUGCCCUAGAAGAAGCCACACAGUUAGCUAUUCAGUCCCCAUCAUUGAUGGUGGUUCAAGCUUUGCAAUGUAUACAGCUUUACUGUUUUGGAAUUGGCCAACCUCACUCAGCACAUCUCUGUCUUGCCCUUGCAUAUAGAUCAUGCCAGCUGCUUGGAUUUGACAAAAGGCUACCCGGCGAGAAUGGAAGUUCUAGUGCAUCAAUCGACAUCGAACUUGGCCGGCGAUGCUUCUGGGCGUGCUGGAUAUCCACCUGCAUCGUGAUGGAGCCGGAGCCAUACAUCGACUCAGCAUGGAAGCAGGCCGCUAUGCUACCACUCCCAGGCUUCAUCUCCUCGACAUCACUUGGCUACACGAUCACUUACAAUCAGAUCAUGGACAAGUAUUGGCACGCUAUCUCUGUGGAUCCUCGAGGCCCCACGAGCGAUACACGCUGUCCAACCCCCGCUGGCUCGCUGAUUAAAAUUGUUGGAGUUUGGGCCAAAGUUCAGUUACUUUGCAAAGACCGGCCGGCAUCCAUCACCAGCGGCGAGCUCACGUCUGUACAUCACUUUUCGCACUUGGCAAUGCUCCUCUUUGACGACGCUACUUCUGUCAGAAACUUUGUCUACCAACACGAUGAUACGCUUGAGGCUCAAAAUCUAUGCCUCUUUCAUGAUGCCAUCUAUCACCAAUGCCAGAUUGUCUUGCACUCUUUACUCGUCCCACUAUUUUCGGGCAUCCCCGGUGACCGAAACCUUGAUAACCAUCGCCAGACACAAAUCAAGGCAGCGGAAACAGUUUUGAGCCAUGCAGAUCGAUUUGCAGAGCUACUAAUACCAUACCUCCAUGGAGACGAGGAUGUUUCGCGUCUGCCUCCGCUUCUCGGCUACGGUGCGUUUGUGGUGAGCAUGGUAUUUCUCUCUACAGAGGCUGCUCGGCGAAACCAGCCUGCGGCCGAAGGUUCCGUCAAUGCAAACAAGACUUCCGACAGGCUUCGUGCUGUCAAGGAUAUCACCCGACUUUUAGACACCUUGAGAGCCUAUUGGAGAGCUUUGCAGCAACCAUGGGAGGUUCUUAGCUCGGCAUUACAGGCCCAUCUAUCGGAGUCGCGCGAGCAAACCAACAAACAAACAUUGCAGCGAACCGAGCAAUCGGGGAAUGAUCCGCAGAAAUCAGGCUCAGGUGGCAACGCGAGAGAGCCCGUGACAGAGGCUCGCAAUUCAUCUUUGCGUCCGAUGAAUGAGGAACACGAAGUAAAUGCCAACAUGGGUGAAGUGACCAGCGGCCCAUACACAGGCGGCGUGGAUCUGUUUGCAGACAGCGAGUGGUAUGGCCUGUCUCUGGUAGAAGCUGGGGUUGAGCAGUUUGCGGGAUAUGAGCCAUCCAGCCUAUUUCAGCAAGGGUGGAAGACAUUUAGCUAG